UAUACAGGAAAGUCUGUAUUAGAUCGGUGUCUGUGGGGAGUGUUCACAAAAGUGGAAUAAAGUAUGAAUUUAUGUUGUUGUUCAAUUGUGGAUCCGAUUCACAAAAGCCUCAUUCCAUUUUCUUAGAUUUUUGGCAGUAAAUUGAUAAGGGGAGACAAGAGCGUAGAAGGUGAGUUGACCUAUUAACGCUACGAGUCACAAUGUAACACUCACUCGGCUACAGUGAGGGAUUCUCAGUCUCCUCCCCACAAUGCCCCGCGACAGGUCGACCAGUCUCCGGUUCCGGUUCCGGAUGGUAAGGAAGAAGCUGCCGCUGACACCGGCUCAUCCCGAGAUCCUCUGCGAGAACAGAAAUUUCAUCAUUAUUCGUCUGAAAUGUCAGAAAUGUCACGUGUGCAAGGAAAGGUUUCCCUUGAGACACUGCACCAGUAGAGGGUUAUCCUGCUGAAUUAUGAACAUUGAGGAUAAACUCGGGGGAAUCUUCAUUAAAUGCAGCCCCACCAACAACCUACAGUCUUCCAGAGGCCUGGUAGGACUGGGGGCAGCUGAUCCAUUGUGCACCAAGCUACCUGGGACAGAUACAGGCCUGGGGGAGAAGCCUCUGCCUCAGUGUAUCAUUGCUGGCCAGGAGAUACUACAGGGGAGGGAAGAGAUGAUGUCACAGGAUGAGCUCAUGGUGCAGGAGGAAACCGUGAAGAAUGACGACGAAGAGAUGAUGGAACCACAGGAACGGAUGCUGCCCCAGGGGCUGAAGUUCACGGUUCAUGUUAAGCAAGAAAUGAAGUUCAUGGAGGAGGGCGACUCGCCAGGGACAGAACAUGCGCAGCUGGCAGAGCCAGUGGAUUUGCAGAAGAAGAAGAAGAGGAAACAGCGUUCUCCUGCCAAGAUCCUGACCAUCAAUGAGGAUGGUUCCCUUGGCCUGAAAAUUCCUAAGUGCCACGUGUGUGACCACUGCAAUGCUGCCUUCCGGACGAACUACCACCUGCAGAGACACGUCUUCAUCCACACAGGGGAGAAGCCUUUUCAGUGCAGUCAGUGUGAGAUGCGCUUCAUCCAAAAGUAUCUGCUCCAGAGGCACGAGAAGAUCCACACGGGGGAGAAGCCAUUUCACUGUGAUGAGUGCGGGAUGCGGUUUAUUCAGAAAUAUCAUAUGGAGAGGCACAAGAGGACUCACAGCGGCGAGAAACCGUAUCAAUGCGAGUUCUGUCUGCAGUAUUUCUCCAGAACGGACCGGGUGCUGAAACAUAAGCGUAUGUGCCAUGAGAACCGAGACAGGAAGCCAGGGAAGAGCACUAGCAAGGCAGGCCUCUUGUCUCCAGAAGGCGAUCCCACACUGUCUCCCAAAGAUGGAACCACAAAGAAGAAACAGAAAGGUGACAAGAAGCUUUUGGGUGCAGGUGACAAGGAAAGCCCCUCUGAGAAGGAGCAAAAGAAAGAGAAGAACGACUUUCUGCCCUUGUUCCCUGACAGCACCAAAGUCAAGGAUGAGUACAUGGUGGCAGAAUACGCCGUAGAGAUGCCCCAGACUUCUCUGGGCACUUUGCACUUACAGGAGGUGGUGCCUGGAGACAUUAAUCCCCCUAAGCUUCUCCUUAAGAAGGUGAGUGGUAAGAAGAGCCUGAAGCAGGCACUGGACCAGAGCCCAACACUCUCAGCACUGUCGGCCUUCGAUGACACCAAGGUGACUAAAUACACCUUUGAACUGGUGGAUUCAGGCAGCAACUCUGACUUGGAUCACGGAGACCCCAUGCAGGAAGGGGGCAGUAAGCCAGCCAACAGCAGUGUCAGUUAUGAUGAAGCCAUGCAGUUUUCCAAGAAGAAAAGGUACUUGCAGGCAGCCACCAGUAGCAAUAGUAGCCGUGAAUAUGCCCUGAAUGUCAGUUCUAUUGCUUCUCAGCCUUCUGCCACACAGGCUGCUGUGGCCAGCGUCAUGGAUGAGAGCAGCGCCGCUGUGCUGAUGGACACCCAAUCGCUGUCUGUGGAUAUCAAAGCCAGUCAGGAUAAGAACGUCAUCCCAGAUGAAGUGCUGCAAACACUGUUAGAUCAUUACACGCACAAGGCCGAUGGGCAGCAUGAGCUCUCCUUCAGCGUUGGGGACGCAGAGGUGACCUCAAGCAUAUCCAUCAGCUCGACAGAGGUAGGUGAGACCAGCCAACCGGAGACUCUGGGCUCAAGCAUACAAGUACCGGCCGGGGACAAGGCUAGUAUGCUGCAGGAAUACUCAAAGUUCCUCCAACAGGCCCUGGAGCGGACUAGCCAAAAUGAUGCCUAUCUGAGCAACACAAGCCUUAACUUUGUUACUGAUGGACCGGCCCUAGCAAAUCCUAGCACUUUCCCCUCUCUGGAUAAACAUGUGUAUGCCACGCUGCCCAUCAGCAGCUUUCGCCCAGGCCUGGCCACCCCGCUCAGACUGACUCCUGACAAGGCCCACUUUGGCCUUAUUGUAACUGACUCUCAGCACAACUUCAACUUUGCUGUUGACGACGGUAGCAACACAUCGCCUGCUCCCACUUCCUCAGUGCAGGAUUUUUUAGAUCAGGUGACUGGGCAGAAGAAGAGCGAAUCACAGCCUGUGCAUCAGACGUACCAGCUGAAUGCUUUUGAGCAGCCCUUUAGGGCUCAGUUCCAGGGGGCCCGGGCUGCCGUAUCCCCUCAGUUUAGCACUGCCAAUGGGCAGGUGAACCUGCGGCAACAGACUUCCAGCCCAGACUUUCCAGAAUUCUCCCUGGUGAAUGUAAAUGAUAGCAGAGCCCAACUGACUUCUACCCCUGACACAGCAGCUGGCCAGUCCUUUAGCUAAUACUUUUAAUGUUAAUCUUGUCACAGGAAAGGCUGAGCUCUGCCCUUUGGGCAUAGGUCUACCUUGCCCAAUACAAUGUAGCACUAUGUAGUUGCACCAUACACUUCCACAUCCCCAGGUCUGGGGUGGGUGCUGUCAGUGUAUUGAUAUACUGAGUGGCACCGGGGAUCAUACCCAGGAUACUAGCUUGUUCUCUGGUGCCAAGUGUAAGUGGGUUCAGGAUCUUCUGCAAUUUCCCUGCACAGAUCAGACUUGAGGAAGUGGAAGUGUUUUUUGCCCAUGUGCAGCUCAGGGACAUGUUCUGCCUGGGCUGUCCUAGGAGAGUCUGGCCAAUGACACCGAAUUGAAGGUCAUUUCUAUGUUCCUUGGCCCAUGAGGCCAUGUAAGAGAGUAUACUGGGUGUAACUGGCCAAUUUCUGUGCUCUCCCUUCUACCCGUUACAAAGAGACUCAGUGGGAGUAUGCACUGUAGUAUGUGCGUGCCCAGCAAGGGAAAGAAAUGUAUAAAUAUAUAGAUAUAUAUAAAUAUAAGAUAUUACAACGCACUUUACAGAGAGGGAGAUCUGCACCAAACAGAGAUUCCUGAUUGGUGGGAGAGCUGUGCAUUUUGUUUAAGAGAUCAGGACAGGAUGUGCAGCAGAGCAACAUGUGGGGUCCAUGGUGCAGAUGAUCUUAGCUGGGGAGUACUAGCACUUUCCCAUUAGAGGGCCAGUGAGCAAGCUUUCUAUUGAGCCCCUAUUGCUCAGUUGCUUCCUUUGCAUUCUUAGAGCCUGGAUUGUGGGAGGGUGGGGGGCAUGUCAUUAAGCACUUAACCUUGUUGGGGGGGAAGGGGGCUUUUGUACCAUAAUGGGAGGUUGUGUUUAAAUUGACUUUUAGUAUUAUUAUGCAGGCAGCGAUGUUCUCAGACAAUCUGCACUUGGUCUUCAUUUUCUUCAUGAAUUUAAAGGAUCACUUUCCCUAAGGGACUAAAUAGACAUGGAAUUAGACUAAUUGUAAAGUUGCUUAGAUAUUAAAUUACACUUUAUAGGCAGACUCGUGUGAGAGACAUACGCAUGAGCAGUGCAUUCGUGUUUCUCCCCAGGGAUAUGGGGGCUAAUUAUAGAGAGCAGGGUUCGCCGAUUUUAUUGUAAUCGCUUUUUUGGCAGCGAUGCGAGUGCAAAGGUGGUCCCCAUACAUAGCGGCACUUGUGUACUGGCCGAUAUCAGGGCAGUCGAGUGGGGAAGGAAAAUGUUACAUUUCAAAAAUAUAAAUAAUGUUCCGGUGGCAGAUACACGCUCACUUUAGUGAAACCUGCAAAUGUGACGCUGACACUAAACUCACUAUUGGGUGGGACUUGUGCUCAUUGCGGAAGGACAGGGUGGAGCUGCUGGUUUCAUUUGGUUGUUAUUAUUUCUGUUUGGCCCGUGAACCAUAGGGCUGCAGCCUAGUGCCCAAAAAAAACCAUUUCUUAUUGAGGGACUGUGGUCACGAACUUUUAUGACCCAUAAUAUCCCCUGACUGAACCCAGUUUCUGAGGGGGAUUAAUUAGUUGUUUUGUGCUUUGGCUUUUAGUGAUGGUGCACACUGGUUGUAUAAUUCAGUUGUAGCACAGGGUAUGUAAUAGUGUUAUACCACACCUGCGCCAUUACACUGCUGUGUAUGAAUGGGAUAAGCACUAAAUUAUAGUGUGAGUAGCACUUUGUACCAGAGCAUGCACUGCUGUAAUGAUGCAAGUAAGAUUUUGUAUGAACAAAGGUGUGCUCUUAUGCAGUUGGUGCAAGUAGCACUUUGUACAAAUGGGAUAUGCACUAAUGUGGUGCAAUUAGCACUUUGAAUGAAAGAAUGCAGUAGUACAAUAGCUCAAGUAUAGCACUUUGUAUGAGUGAUCGUAUGCACUAGGGUAAUAGUGCAAUCACAGUACUGUGUAUGAAUGAAUGCUCAGUUGUAAUGGUGCAAGGCUAGCACACUAUAUGAAUGAAGGUGCACGCUAGUGUAAUGGUGCAGGUAUAUCACAGUGUACCAGUGAUUGCAUGAAUGUAAUGGUGCAAGCACAGCAUUGUGUAUCAAUUAGGGCAAACAUUAUAGUAACAGUGUGUAGUGCAAUGUAAAAAUGAGGGCACACUCUAGUGCAAUAGUACCAGCUAAGCAUGGUAAGGCAAUUAGAGUGUAUAUCUGGGCAGCUCAUUAUGCCACUCCCGGUCCAGCAUUUCAUGUGUAAUAGGGUUCUGAGUUUGGUGGCAAUGUCUCCAGGUGGCCCCGGCAGUGAUCUGGUUUUUCUGCAGCACCUUUAUUGUUAAUAAGAAUUAAAAUGAAUUAAAGCACUUAAUGUUUGUGUAACUGAGUCAGGGGUUUUGUGACUUCCGGCUGAAGUUUUUUAUAUUAAUAGUGGUGCUGCAUGCACCAGGUUCACACGAGUCCCCACUAGGGGUAAUAGUUUCCUUUUUGUUUUCACUUUACGUUUAUUGUACAGAUUUGUGUUACCCGUGUUAUGUCUCGCUUGGCUUUUGCUUUCUACUGGCCAAUGGGUCUUUAGUUUCUUGAUGCCUGGUUGGGUGUGAUAGUGGUCCAAUAAAUAUUGGCUUCUUGUGCUGGUGUCAUAACUUCACCGUCUCCAGUCUUGGGGGGGGGGAGAUCUCACAGGUUAAUGGAAAUGUGCAGUUUGGGGCAUUGCUGGGAAGGAACCUUUGUGCCUUAGUUGCUUGUAUGUCCAAUCCAAUGAUCUAUCCUGCUGUACAGAGCAGCAUCUGCAAGAUACCCCCCCCCUUCUGUCUGUAAGAUGGACAACUUUGUGCAGUUCCACAGUACACAAGGGUUAAAGACUCAACAGCAGCAGCCUAUUGGUCAGAGUGAUUUACAAGGCAAAUACAAACUCAUUCUUGUGAUUAGUGCAUAUUCCUGGUUUCAGUAAAAAUAACCCUCUGGCGGCUUAAAACCCCACAUUCCUCUGUGUUCCCUAUUUUAAAGGGGUAAUCAAAACCACUGCCCUAUAUCCAGUGUUAUUAUAUAAAAGAGAGAAAGAUCUGUUUUACAGGUGGGAUGUAACCAAGGGGCAGAGCCAGAACCUGUAUGCAUUUCACAUAUCACACUCCGGUUAUGCGCGGGGGGUCCAAUUAAAUUUGGGAAAUCAGGAGCACCACGGUUCUCACCCAGGCCAGCCCCAACAUAAUUAUCACUGGAGUGGACAAAUAAUCCAAGAUGGCAGCACAUAGGGACCUAGGCAGGAGAUAGUUUGGUUUGCUAAAAAGUUUAAGGGCCAUAAACUCCAAACAGUCGGUUCUGUUAUGGGAAAUUGGUCCAUUUAUUUUAAAUAGAAGGCCUCUUAACUGUACACACAGAGGUUUAUUACACGUCUGACAAUCAAAUAUAUAUAUAUAUAUAUAUAUAUAUAUAUAUAUAUAUAUAUAUAUAUAUAUAUAUAUAUAAUAUGCUAGCGGAGCAUCUGUGUGCUGCUUACUUGUAUGUUCAUGUCCUACCCCUUGGUGUCUUAGCCUGAGGCUAAGUUACUGUAACUAAGUUGUUACUGUAAAAACAGUCACAAGUAUAUCAGAACUUGAUUGGACCCAUCUCAUGACUAUAAACACCUAUCAUUUAUCAUUCACUGGGUAUGACUUAGUGUUUUAAGUAACCAAUCUCAACCUUUAUACCAGGAAUGUGUAAAUGUGUAAAUACAUUUACUGUAAUUAUGGACAAGAAUUUGUAUUGCACCAACAUAUCCUGCAGCACUGUACAAUAGAUGGGAUGUGGGGUACAAUAGGCUCUGCUCCUUAGAACUUAGUCUAAACAAAGUCACUUCCAUAGGUCACAAUAAGCCUUUAAUUCUGCAUCAGAUCUUUGUUUUAAUUCAUAUAUCAGCACUACACCAGUAACAGCUAAUGCAAGAGUUGCAAGGGGGCUGGAGUAAAGGGAACCAAUUUAGUUGUUAGUCACUAACUACUCUGUGAUUGGCUACUCAGCUAAACAUGUGUCUGCAUUGUUACCCUAGCAAGUGCUCCCCUUUAUCUCUAUUGAAUUGACUGAUCCCUGAGCCCUCUCCUCUAACCAGGGAUCAAAUUAAAAGGGACAAUGGUAGUAGCUGCCAUUAGAUUUAGCCCAUUACCCUUAUUUAUAUCCAGCACCAGGUUACAUGUUAUGCCUCAGAAUAGUGGAUUUUUUAUUUUAUCAUAAAAAUGUGCUUUUAAUCAUUAUGCUCUACAUUUUUCUACAUGUGCUGGCAUCUCCCUCAUGGGGUUGUCUAGGCAGUAUGGGAGGUAACUGUAGGGUGCACCAGGAUAAUUUAUAGAUGUGGGUAUAUCACAUACAUUUUUAUAGAGGAGAAAUGUUUUUUACUGCGAGUCCUUUCUUAAAGACAUGUGUUUGUGGCUCUGCUCACAUCUGUAUCUUUGCAUCGUUAGAGCAGAGCAGCAACUCCCUGGGGGGGGGGGCAGAAUUACUGUCUAGGCCUGAAUUUUACUGGAUUGUCUUUUCCUUGUUUUUGUUUUUUAUGCUCUAGCGGGAAUAAUCCCAAUAAAGAUGGUGAUGUCACUCACCAAGACCAUC